GGCGACAAUGAGUUGUGAGAGAAACCCGAGCGACAUGUGUUUCGGCAAGGGACUGUGGCAUGAACAAAAAGAUGCACCAAACAAAUCGUCUACGCUCCGGCUAAUUCCUCAAAACUUCUUUCAGGUCCCCAAUCAAUACGGGUAUUGUAUUUAACCCAAAUGCAUAUCGCUACUGCGUGACAACUCCCAUGUGGCUAUCCAACGUCGUACGAUUAGAAUCGUCGCACUGACAACCACCAGGAGAGCGUCUCAAAGAGCGAAUAGGAAUUGAUUUGUAUCGUAAGAUUUCCUAUCUCCUUUUCGUACGUUCACAUACAGAAAAAGAAAAUUCUAAAAGUAAAAGAGGGAACUGCACGACACUGACUUGAUCCGCAUCGCAUCGGUAUAAAAUCAGUUUGCGUAUUUUUCUUGGGAAAAAAAUCUGCUGAAAUCAUCCCGAACAAAAAAUAUCGUUCGUUACGUUGGGAUCGCCAAAUCCAAAAAAUUCAUCAUUCGACUGAAAAAAUAGGGAUCGUCGGAGUUUUUUCGUUGAGAGAGUCAUUGGUUAAAUUGUACAACUUGGACAACGUCGUAUUUCAAAAAUCGUUUCAAAGCUGAUCGAAAUUGGACCACGCUUAUUGUUAUUGUCUUGGUUAAAUAAAGUCUUUAUCUUUUCAACAUCAAAACAUCUUCCAGUGUAAAAAUCGAAGAACCCAUCUUCGAAUAUAAACUGGUUUUGUUUCUUUCGUGGAGCAAGAUUUCUUUGCUUCUUUUUACCCUUGAAAUAAAUUUCCAUUCGUCAUGCCGAAGGCCGGUGUGUUGAAGUCUUCGAAGUCUGUGGACAUGAAGGCGUCAAAGUCCGCUCCCUCUAAGUCCGUUUCGUCCAAGGCACCGAUCGCGGAAGCCGCGGCCCCGCCACAACCGGUUAACGCGAAGAAUCUGGCGAAGCUUGGCGGCGUUCAGAACAAUGUCUUGCUGCAACAACCCAGCGAAAGUGGCGCGGCAUCGGUCAGGAUUGACGGCAGAUCGAAUGUAUAAAAUACAACUCACUUCAUUCUUGUUUUGCGAUUUGAGUUUAUUGGAAUGCCAUCAUAGAUACCUUCUCUUUCUCAUGAAUCGAACAUGUUAAGUUGCAAGAAGCAGCACCAAGUAUUUCUUGACAUGAAAAAUUGAAGAUAUCAAGUCAACACAACAGCCCGUGAAGCAUUGGCAGGGGAACGCGAUGCGGUACGGUGACGAUGAAGAUUCCAGCGAACUUUUUGUCCUGCUGAAGAACGUCUACACCGAGAAGCACGCACACCGCCCCACCUACCGCGUGCUCGGCCGGUUGCAGGAAGACGGGGAAACCGGGGCACAAGGACUCGAGUGGAUUGACGUGCCGAGGAAGACUGACAAAUUUCUCAAGAAGUCGGACGAGGAAAUCCCUGCCGUGUUGGCCCGCUUGUCGACCGAACGGGCGGUCAGGAAUCAGUUCGAGAAGGAACUGGGCGAGGUCUACCCGGUGCAGUACAAACCGCCCAAGCAGAAGGGCAAGAACGACUGGGAAUCUGACUUCGAAGACAGCGACGAUGGAUCGGAACGUACAUCAUAUUCAAAAUUUGCAGAAGAAAAAAUUUUUCUACUUUUGCUUUUCAACAAUGAAUUUUAUUCCAUUGUCCUACCUUUGGUUUUAAUUUGAAGAUGUGAGAAGUUCGUAAGAAGGACAAUAAAUAUGUGCAUCAAAGCUACUAAAAAAACAGAAUCCUACUCCGGGUCCUCUUCCUCCGCCGGGAUGUUUCAGGUGCUGAAUCUCCGGUCUUUGUCGGACGAAUUGCGACGGCUCCUGGAGGCGGACCUCCCCAUGCAGCAAAUUUUCCACUACGGGAGAUCCGUCUUUACGGGCACGCACGAGGACUUGGUCGAUAUCGCGCUCCCCCCUGCGAAUGCGCGGCGAAGAAACAAGUUCAUUCCCUUAAAGCAUGAGAUCACCGAGGCGUUUCUCGUCAAGGAGUGGGCCCAGAAUUACAAAUCCUACACCGAGCACUCCAUGAGGCAAAAGUCCGGUAACAAGGUGAUCCUCGACAAGUUUGUCAAGCUGCGGCCCCUAUCCAAUGCAAAUAUGUCUGGGUCUGGAAGAAUGUAAGUUUGUCAUGCUUGUCUGGCAUGAGUCUUAAAUCUGUGAUGCAUGAGCAGGCAAAGGGCCUCUUGCCUGUCAUGCAAAAGCGCAGUUUGUCAUGCGAAAAACGAAACACACAGCAGCGCAAAAACUUGUCAUGCUGGGCUGCGUAUUGCAGUGCGCCCACAAUUCCUAGAUUUGCAUCACAAGUUUCCAGACCCAGACACUUUUGCAAUGCAUAGCCCCACGUCGGGUACCGGUUUGAACAGUUGGACGAGAGUAUCAAAAGGAAAAAUCCCCCCACCCCAUAUCGAAAACGUAUCCGUCUGAAAAUUUGUGAUGCGCAUUUGUGACCUCAAAUCCUGUCUGUCUUGCAAGAAGGCAAGUCCAGAAAGCCUUCCGCAUUUUGCAGGCGGUUUUUCAUGCUGUUUGGCUUAGAGCAUACACGUUUGUCAUGCUAGGCGCAUACGUCAAAGCCUCUCGACUGAGGCUUGGCAUAUGCCUGCACUCCUCUACUGCAAUACAAAUCUGAUUUGUGUAUGGAAAUCCAGCAUCAGAAACUUCGUUUCGAUAUGGGGAGGGGGGAUUUUUCCUUUUGAUAGAGAGGGGAUUCGAAGCCGCAGUGGCGGAAGUGUUCCCGAUCACGCAGGCGAAGGAGAUAAAUACUUGGGCGGCAGAGGUAUUGAUUUUGAUGUUGUGAUUUAGAUUUGUUGCAACAUCAAAAUGUUGUUGUUUGGUGCGCAUAUUUUGUUGUGAAAGCGGACAUCAAGUGUUCCUGUCGUUGAGUUUGAGUUUUAUGCUGAUCUUCAAAACAAAUUGAUACCGAAAAUAAAAUCUCAUCAACAAAUCAAACCAGAUCGCGAAGAAGGCCCAGCGACCGAACGCCCCCAAAUGGAUGAAGAACGUCGCGCAGCUGGAGGCGCUGAGAGAAAAAGAGAAGGCCAGCACCGCCGCGGCAGUGGCUUCUUCGAGCUCAGCAGGCCCGGCGCUGAAAAAGCAAAAGAAGUAG